AUGUAUGAUGAAACAAUGGCUCGAAUCGAUCGUAUAAGAGCUGAAGGAUAUGAUGUAGAUUAUAUUUGGGAACAUUCAAUUAAGGAGCAAUUAAGAAUUGAUAAAAAGAUGCGGACCUUUUUCAAGAAUUGUCGACAUGCUACUCAUAUGAGACCACGCGAAGCCAUGUUCGGUGGUCGAACACAAGUGUUCAAUAUGUAUGCCGAAGUCGGACAGGAGACAAAAUCGAUUGGAUAUGCAGAUUAUUGUUCUCUGUAUCCAUAUGUCAAUUGCACUACUGAAUAUCCACGUGGUCAACCCCGAGAUCUGAGAUCUGAUACUAAGAUCUGA